AUGUCUUCUCAGCAGCCCCCAUGGUCUCUGCCCGAGCCUCAGAAACCCAUCCCUACCCUCAAAGUCCACAAUUCCUUGACUCGGACGAAGACGGAGUUCAUUCCGCGCGACGGGAACCACGUCAAAUGGUACAAUUGCGGUCCAACAGUAUACGAUGCUUCGCACAUGGGUCAUGCGAGAAACUAUGUGACUCAGGAUGUUCUGAGACGCAUUAUAACUGAUUACUUUGGAUACGAUGUCCAUUUCGUUAUGAAUGUUACAGACAUUGAUGAUAAGAUCAUACUUCGGGCUAGACAAAACUAUCUUUUCGAUAAAUUUCGUUCAGAUACAUCAGAACUGUCUCCGGAGCUGUUGUCAACGGUGUUAGAGGCUUGGAAGUCGUAUGUGCACGAAAAGGUCUCCAAAGGCCUGCUAGAAGCCAAUAGAGUUGCACGAGACGCGGAAGAGGACCAGUGGCCGCAGUUAGCACAACUAGCUCAGGACAAGCCAUGGAAACAAGAAUGCUCCAAACGAGAUGAGAAGUUUGACAUGCACUUCACAGCUGCUAAUCGCACGUUCUUAGCUAUACAAUCCGCGAGAAAACAUCUGCAAGAAGGGUCGAAGGGUCGUGAUAAUGCACUCAGCCUUCUGGACGAUUCAAAGGACAUUCUGGCACUUUCUCUAGAUGCCCUGCAUGGCAAGACAGUCACGGAUCCUUCAAUCUUCCGAUCCACGGCGGCAUUCUGGGAAGAUCAGUUCUUCAACGAUAUGGACCGCCUCCGUGUCCGAAGGCCAGACACCCUGACUCGCGUGACCGAGUACGUGCCAGAAAUUGUCGAAUUCGUGGAAGGUAUCGUCAAGAAUGGCUAUGCAUACGAAGUAGACGGCAGCGUCUACUUCGACACUCGCUCGUUUGAUGGAGCCGAUAAUCACCAUUACGCUAAAUUGGAACCGUGGAGCACGGGUAACCGGGAACUACUAGAAGAAGGAGAAGGCGCCUUAUCCAAUAAGAUUGGACGACGCUCGCCGGCUGAUUUUGCGCUGUGGAAGGCAUCAAAGCCCGGCGAGCCUUCGUGGCCUUCGCCAUGGGGCCAAGGACGCCCAGGAUGGCACAUAGAGUGCUCCGUGAUGGCCAGCGCUAUCUUUGGCGACAACAUGGAUAUCCAUUCUGGCGGAAUCGACCUCGCGUUCCCCCACCAUGAUAACGAAAUGGCCCAGUCAGAGGCAUUUCACAACUGUGAUUCGUGGGUCAAUUACUUCCUACACACAGGACACCUUCACAUUGAGGGACUAAAAAUGAGUAAAUCCCUCAAGAAUUUCAUUACGAUCGAUGAAAUUCUGCAGAAAUACACGGCUCGCCAACUGAGAUUGGCCUUCUUAACUCAGCUGUGGAAUUCCAAGGUCGAUUUCUCAGAGUCCCUCAUGACCGGCGAGGUUCGCAACAUAGAAAACGCAUUCAAUAAUUUCUUUACCAUAGUCAAAGCACUUUUAAACCAAGCGCAGGCAGAUGGCUAUAAGUCAGAUGGCUACCAUCAUUAUGAGACGGCUGAACGCGAAUUGACCACAAGCUUCCAUGAAGCUCGAACAGCGUUUCGCGAAGCCCUUUGCGAUUCGUUCAACACGCCUCGGGCUGUGGAUAUCCUUCGGGACAUAGUUUCCAAGACCAACGUCUACAUCAAUUCCCGCGGUAAGGGCCUCAACGUAGACCUCGUGGACUACGUUGCACGUUGGGUGGGUCAGAUGUUGCGAAUGUUUGGUCUCGGCGAAGGUGGGACAGCGGAGAUCGGAUGGGGUCAGGAGCAAAAGGGAGAUGGUUUCGAUAGGGACGAAGUCCUUAUGCCAUAUUUGAGGGUGCUGUCAACCUUCCGGGAUUCUGUUCGGCGCAUGGCUAUCGACAAGGGUGACACGGCAUUGAAGGACAUCCUGGCUCUCUGUGACAAGCUUAGGGAUUCUGAUUUGGUGCCUCUUGGGGUGGCCCUGGACGACCAAGAAGACGGCAAGGCUCUCGUGAAGCUUGUUUCCCCAGAAGAGCUGAUCAAAGCUCGGGACGAGAAGCGGGCUGCGUUAGAGGCGAAGGCUGCAAAAAAGGCCGCUGCCGUCGAGGCCGAACGCCAGAAGCGCGUCCAGAAACUGGAGAAGGGCCGAAUUCCGCCAGAGCUUAUGUUUAGACCCCCAAAUACGUCUGAAGGGACGUAUAGCAGUUGGGAUGAUCGUGGCGUACCGCUUACCGACAAAGAAGGCAAGGAGCUAAGCAAAAACCAGGCUAAGAAGGUUUUGAAGGAGUGGACGGACCGUCAGAAGCUGCAUGCAGAGUAUUUGGCGUGGAUAAAGGAACAGGAAACGUAA